CGGCUGCUGCUCGGAGCGCUGCCGCGAAGGGGCCGCGCCGCGCCGGCGGCCAUGGCGACGUGCAUCGGGGAGAAGAUCGAGGAUUUUAAAGUUGGGAAUCUGCUUGGGAAAGGAUCGUUUGCUGGUGUCUACAGAGCCGAGUCCAUCCACACUGGUCUGGAAGUUGCCAUCAAAAUGAUAGAUAAGAAAGCCAUGUACAAAGCUGGGAUGGUUCAGAGAGUCCAGAACGAGGUGAAAAUACAUUGUCAAUUGAAACAUCCUUCUAUUUUGGAGCUCUAUAAUUACUUUGAGGAUAGCAAUUACGUGUACCUGGUAUUAGAAAUGUGCCAUAAUGGAGAGAUGAACAGAUACCUAAAGAAUAGAAAGAAACCAUUCUCAGAAAACGAAGCGCGACACUUCAUGCACCAGAUCACCACCGGGCUGCUGUACCUCCACUCCCACGGCAUAUUGCACCGGGACCUCACGCUGUCCAACCUGCUGCUCACCCGCAGCAUGAAUGUCAAGAUCGCCGACUUCGGGCUGGCCACGCAGCUGCAGAUGCCGCACGAGAAGCACUACACGCUGUGCGGGACCCCCAACUACAUCUCCCCGGAGAUCGCCACUCGGAGCGCACACGGGCUCGAGUCUGACGUUUGGUCCUUGGGCUGCAUGUUCUACACGCUGCUCAUCGGGAGGCCACCCUUUGACACAGACACGGUCAAGAACACAUUGAAUAAAGUGGUGUUGGCAGAUUAUGAAAUGCCAACUUUUUUGUCAAGAGAAGCCAAGGACCUCAUCCACCAGUUACUUCGUAGAAAUCCAGCGGAUCGUUUAAGUCUGUCUUCGGUGUUUGAUCACCCCUUUAUGUCCCGGAAUUCUUCCACUAAAAGUAAAGAUUUAAGAACCGUGGAAGACUCCAUUGAUAGUGGACAUGCCACGAUUUCAACUGCAGUGACGGCUUCUUCCAGUACCAGUGUAAGUGGUAGUUUCUCUGACAGAAGAAGACUUUUGAUUGGUCAGCCACUCCCAAGUAAAAUGACUAUAUUUCCAAAGAAUAAAAAUUCAAGUGGUUUUUCUUCUUUAGGAGAGGGGAGCAGUUUUUAUACUCAGUGGGGCAUUCAAGAGCAAGAAGCCAGUAGCAGUAGGCGGGGGCGGAGGGCCCAGGAUGCCGAGGAGAGGCCACACUCUCGCUACCUCCGCAGAGCCCACUCCUCCGACAGGUCCGGCGCCUCCAGUCGUCCAUCUCGAGCGAAAACCUCCCCAAUGGAGCGCUGUCACUCAGCAGAGACGCUCUCCAGACCCAGUCAGUCGGGAGCGAGCGACGAUGCGGAAAGAUGCGCUCCUGCCAGCGACCGCGGCGGUGUCUUUCACUUCCUUAAAGCCAGGACGUCCGGCGGCCCCGGGUGUUUGGAGAGACCCGAUGACCAGCAAGUGCUCACCAAUCAGCUUUGUCCAGGAAAAAAUCCUUUUCCGUUCCCAGCCCAGACAUCUCAGGCUGAAGUGAUGCAACAGUGGUUUGGGAAUCUGCAAGUAAAUGCAACUGCGGGAGAGACUGCUGAGCACAGCAGCGCAGGCCCGCACGGGCCUCUCCGGGGCUGUGCGCCUUGGCAGGGCCCGGCAGGAAACGCCUGGACGGAGGCCAGGGCCAAGAAGAGCCCUGACGUGUCUGACAUCAGGUGUCCCACCGAGCAGCCGGUCGCCGCGCUUCACAAGAGACCUGAGGUCGCGCAGCCAGAGCCUGCUUUUGCCUUCGAUCCUCUUUCUGAACAAAGACAGCCCAGAGGCGCGGAGCCCCCGCCGGGUCGCCAGCCCCGCAGCUUACGGAGCCUCACGCCGCCACUGACCGCGUGCCGGUUAAAGCCCAUCAGACAGAAGACCCGGAAGGCUGUGGUGAGCAUCCUUGACUCGGAGGAGGUGUGCGUGGAGCUUCUCAGGGAGCACGCGUCUCAGGAGUACGUGAAAGAAGUUCUGCAGAUAUCUCGGGAUGGAAACACGAUCGCCGUGUAUUACCCGGACGACGGGAGAGGCUCCCCGCUCACAGACAGACCGCCCCCGCCCGCCGCCAGCGUCAGCAGGUACAGCUUCGACCGCUUGCCAGAAAAGUACUGGCGAAAAUAUCAGUAUGCUUCUAGAUUUGUACAGCUUGUGAGAUCUAAGUCUCCCAAAAUAACCUAUUUCACAAGAUACGCUAAAUGCGUUUUGAUGGAGAAUUCCCCGGGUGCCGACUUUGAGGUCUGGUUUUAUGACGGCGCAAAGAUACACAAAAGCCAAGAUUUAAUUCAGGUAAUUGAAAGGACCGGGAAAUCCUACACCUUAAAAGGUGAAAGCGAGGCCCAGCGCCUGCAGGAGGAGGUGAAGGUGUACCUGCACCACGCUCUCGAGAGCCAUCGGGUCUGUGUGGGCCUGGAGUCCGUGAUCGCAGAGGAGGAGCGCAGAAGCGGGAGCUCGCCCUUCUUCCCCAUCAUCAUAGGCAGAAAGCCGGGUGGCACCGCUUCACCCAAGGCCUCAUCUCCUGCCCCGGGAGACCCAAACCCCACCGCGAGGGACAGGCCGCCGUGGAGUGGACUGGCGGGGAGUGGGGGGCCCAGCGCUGCCCCCCCGCAGAGGGCCCUCAGCCCUCCUGUGGGCCCACGGGAGGGCCCUGGCUUGGCGGCCGCCGCGCCCGCAGCAGACGUCUCCCCUGGCAGCCUGCAGGAGAGUCUCCCUCCGUCGGCGCAGCCCCUGAAGUCUGUUUUUGUGAAAAACGUCGGUUGGGCUACGCAGCUGACCAGCGGAGCCGUGUGGGUCCAGUUUAACGACGGGUCCCAGCUGGUGGUGCAGGCGGGCGUGUCCUCCAUCAGCUACACGUCCCCCGGCGGCCAGACGACCAGGUGCGUCCUCACGGUGCUGGCUCGCGCUCAGCCCUCUGCGCUCGCUUUGCUUGUGCUGUUUGUUGAGGUAUGGAGAGAAUGCAAAAUUGCCAGAAUACAUCAGACAGAAAUUACAGUGCCUGUCUUCCAUCCUUGUGAUGUUUUCUAAUCCAGCGGCUACUUUUCAUUAAUUAAAGCUCUUUUUAGACAUAAGUUGAAUAAAUAGCUUUUCUGUUGGCUUUCAAGUAAAGUGACUCUCUUUAUUCAGUGUAACUUCCUCAGAAAGCCUUUCUGUAAGAGAAUGUUAGUCUGUCCCAUAAUGAGUGUUUUCUGAUGUGAGAACAAGGAGACUGACAUGUGAGCCACGCAGAUGGCGUGGCCCCGGGCCGGCGCGCCGGACCCUGCGCUGGACCCUGCGGCUGCUGCCCACCCGUGCCAGACGGCCAGGGGCAGAAUCAUGGGCACGACCUGCUGGAGUCUGCGCACGUGUAAAUAGUGUGUAUUUGUGUUCCAAGUAUCAAUGUAAACGUGUACAUUUGUUUUAUAUUUAUUUUUGUAGCACCAAUUUCUAAUGAAACACCUCUGCGAAUGCAUUUUAUAAAAAAUAAUAAAUACAAUGAUAAGUCAGUUCAUCUUUGUGACUUAU